AUGCCCUCGCCCAUGGUCAAGGCCACACUGGCCGCCGCCGCCCUCUCGAGCGCCUCCAACAUCCUCGCCCAGUUCCUCGAAGCCUACCGCGGCAGCAAGCCCUUCGUCUUCGAUCUGCCCAGCUUCCUCCGCUUCGUCACCUGCACAUUCGUGUCCGCGCCGCCGAACUACCUUUGGCAGCAGCUGCUCGAGCGCAGCUUCCCCGCCUACGAGCCGCGCAACAACAAGGCGCCCUCCAAGCACGACAGCCGCGACCUCGAGAAGCAGAUGACGACGGACCCCCGCGGCAACGGCGGCGAGGGGUCCGGGUCCGCAAGCCCCGGCGCCGGCGCCGGCGACCACCAGAAGCCCAAGCUCAACAUCCGCAACACCCUCAGCAAGUGGUUCAUCGACUGCAUCACCCUGGGCGCCAUCUUCAACACCGUCGCCUUUUUCGUAUUGAUGGGCAUCAUGAAGAGGCAGCCGCUGGCCCAGAUCGCACACAAUGUCCGCACCGAGACCAUACCGCUCAUCGUCGCCGGCUACAAGAUCUGGCCGUUCGCCUCCAUCAUCAGCUUCAGCUGCGUGCCCGUCGAGCGUCGCAUCGUCUUCCUCAACUUCGUUGGCCUGCUUUGGGGCAUCUAUAUGAGCCUCGUCGCUGCGCGGGUCUGA